UAUCCAAAAAAAAAAAAAAACAGAAGACCUUCAUGGCUGUGUGUGGAGCAUCCAUGGGUGUCAACAUAGAAGUGAUAAAUAAUAAUAAUUCAAUGUACAGUCACUUGAAAUCACAUUAUCAGGAGAGGGCAGUAUGAUCCUGAUGAAUGUUUUUGAUAUACAGCAGACAGGAGGACAACAAAAAGAAGGGAAAACAACUUAAAUUUCUCUCCAUCGUCUCGAAGAUCAAAAUAAUAGUAUAGGUGCUUCAAUUUGUGAGAGAUUAACAAUAUACACUUCAAGGCACUUAAAAAAAAAAAAAAAACAGUUUUGACAUGUCAGAAGGGAAUAUUGUGAUUGUCAACCAUGAAGUGGUAUCUAGAAUAGAUAGAGAGAUAGACAGACAGACAGACGGAUAAUAGAUAGACAGACAGACAGACAGACAGACAGACAGACAGAUAGAUAGAUAGAUACAGAUAGAUAGAUAGAUAGAAAAUAAUAAUUAAUUCAUUCAUUAAUAAUCCUUCUACCAACGCGAGAGACCGAUGAGUGAAUAUCAGUGAAUAAAAUGCAAUCUGGAUCCAUAGCUCAUCCCAUUCUUCAUUGUAUUUCUCGCCUCUGGACUCAUCUUCAUUCUCAUUACAAAUAUAUUUAUUCCAGCACUACACUGUCUGCACACAGAGGCAGACGAGAGAUCUCCCCGUCCAAUCGACAGGACGCGGCUGCUGCUUCGACGGCUUUCAUUGGUCUAGAGCAAUGUCAGUCACGGAGCUUUUCGCUAUCGGACCAAUCAGGAGCGCCAGCUGCCGCCGUUCACCCCGCGCCGCGCGUUGACGUGCGCGUCAUGUGAUGUUUUCGCUGGGCUGUAGUGAUGUGUAGACACCAUGAGUGACGCGGGGAAAUAAAGGUUUAUAAUGGCAGCGAGCGAUGAUGGUGGCUCUGCGAAGACGCACCGUUUCGUCGUGCUGAAUAAUUCCCAGGGCGAUUCAUCGGAAGGCAGCGCGGAAUACUUGAAGCAGUGAUUCUAUUGGAGCUACAAACCUACAGCCAACAAAAUGGGCCGUACAUCGGCGUAAAGCGGAGGUAAAGUGACCUUUCAGCGCAUUGUCCCAUGGAAGAUCGGCCACAUUUACCGAAUCACGGCGUUAUGUUGACACUGGAGGCGCAACCGCGUCGCGCUGUCACGAAAUCAGGCGCGACCAACGGCGACAUCUCUUGUGCUGCCAGGGAGCCUCUAUCCUCCGCCUCCUCCUCCUCCUCCACCACCUCAAUCAAUAACAGCGGCUCCCGUUUGCCAAUGCACUUAACGGCCUCCUCUCAUUCUCAGCCACAGAGGAGAUACCAUCCGCCUUACCACUUCAAAGUGCAUCAUCUGUUCCCGGAUGAGAGCCCUCAAGAUGCUGUAUUGAGGAAAAACCUGCCACCUCUCCAGUAUAAGGUGCAUGACUCUGCCUUCUGUCGCGUCCUGAGCGCUGACACCACUGCUGCUGCCCUGGCUGCUGCCGCCGUGUGUUCCGGUGGCGUGGACAGGGACAUCUGGAAGUGUGGCUAUCUGAGAAAACAGAAACAUGGCCACAAGCGGUUCUUUGUACUGAGGGGCCCCGGCAAUCUGGGGCCCAGUCGGUUGGAGUAUUACGACAGCGAAAAGAAAUUCAGAAGUGCCCUCAAAGCUGCUGCCUCCGGUAUCGCAUGCCCAGCAAAGAGGGUCAUUUACCUGUCCCAGUGUUUUACGGUAAACAAGAGGGCUGAUGCUAAAAACAAAUACCUCAUUGCCCUUUAUACUAAAGAUGAGUAUUUUUCUGUGGUGGCGGAGAAUGAGCAGGAGCAAGAGGAUUGGUAUUUGGCCCUCACCGAACUAAUGACGGAGGGCAAAAAGGGGCUGCUUGACACCGACGAACUUGAUGACGGUUACGGUACGAUUUCACCAGGUACUAUAUUCAAGGAGGUGUGGCAGGUGAACGUCAAACCCAAAGGGUUGGGUCAGACCAAGAAUUUAAUGGGGGUGUACCAUCUGUGCCUUUCCGCCAAGACUAUUCACCUUGUGAAGCUGAACUCGGAGACACCCGCUGUGAACCUGCCAUUAAUGAACAUCCGCCGCUGCGGCCACUCAGAGAGCUUCUUCUUUAUUGAGGUGGGCCGCUCCUCUUCCAUUGGCCCUGGUAAAAUCUGGGUACAAGUUGAGGACUCUGUGGUGGCGCAGAACAUGCAUGAGACAAUUCUGGACACUAUGAAGGCCCUGAAGGCCUUUCCCGACUUUAGACCGCGGAGCAAGAGCCAGUCCUCCGGGUCAAACCCCAUCCCGUUUAUCACCACAUGCCAGCAUCUUGGCAAACUUCCCCCCAGCCAGACUGGGCUGCAGCGCCCCUCCAGGACCGAUUCAGUUAUGGGCACGCCACCAACAGGGAAGAGUAAAGGAGGGAGGGGUCAGCGCUAUCGGACGUCCAGUGAGGGCGAAGGCACACAGGACAGGGCCCUGAGCUCUGGAACGGGCAGCCUGGUGCACCUGAACACGCCUAUUCUCAGUGUGGGCCGCGAAGAGACCGGCAGCUGCUGUGCCCACGCUUCGCCUGGUUCGACCCAGCACACCCGCUCGGCUUCGCUUCCCGUAUCUCACUUCCUGUCUGCCACCAGUCCCAUCAGUGUGUCCAGCAGCAGCGGGCACGGCUCAGCCUCUGACACGCACACUCGCCCCUCUAGCUCAUCCAUUUGUGGCUCUCCUAGUGACGGCGGCUUCAACUCGUCCGAUGAGUUCUGUCCCAGCCCUUGUGAAUUCAGGUACUUUCAUGCGAGCUGCACCACCCCCGAAUCCCAUGGCAACACCCCUCCUAUUAGGGAUGAUUACCGGCUGACAGAGUACAUGGCCAUGGAUUGGCAUAAAGAUGGAGCCAGGACUUUUGAGGAAGAGAGCAGUUACAUGGAAAGGACUUUCCUCAAGCUAGCACAUUCCUCCAAACCAAAGCCGGGUGGCGGCUUGGGCGUCAUGCAGCAGAAAGCCACGCAAACUUCUUUAGAUGAAUCAAACCCUGUGGAGUCCAAACGGCGUCAGGUUUGCUCGUGUCUGCUGAAGUCAGCUUAUAAGUCUUACUCUGAGUUACAUCACCCAAACAAACCUCCCUUGCUCAGCUCUGAGUGUCAAAAGAAACUGCCAAAAGACGAUAAUUACAUUCCCAAGAUGUACAGCAAUGCAGAUUACAUCCCUAUGCAACCCAGAGCAAACCACCUUUCCACCAUGGAGAUACACCCGUGCUCCUCGCAGCAAGCGGACCGAUAUGGCUACAUGAUGAUGCUCCCUGGUGACUGUCCAUCCAGCAGGGAGCAGGCUGAGUAUGAUGACUACAUGGACAUGUCUCAAAUCACCAUGGCUGAAGGCUUUUCCCAGGCCUCACCUGAAAGCCAGAAAUCCCACGCCUCCUACUUCUCUCUUCCGCGCUCUUACAAAGCCCCAUCGCGAGAGAAACGUGGCAAGACGGAAUACAUUCCCAUGUCCCCUGCUGAGACCCCCAGCCCUCCUAGUCCGGGUGAGUACAUCCAAAUGGAUUUUGGGGACCGACCCACUCACGCCACUGUUUCGCCACCCUCCAUCAACUCCCCCUCCACCCCGCCCCCCUCCCAGCCCUGCUAUCAGCUGUGCUGCUCCUCACCCGAUCAUGACUACUUGGGUCUGAACAUGGACAGCCUCCUGAAAGACCGCCCUCCUCGACACUCUCUUGUUGCUCCGUGGAACCCCCCAAACUAUGCCCGGCCUUUAGGAUGCUCUUACGGCCAGGCAUCGACUAAUUUAGAUCCUGAGAAGAUGCAUGGUGGAUGUGGUGAUGCCAACAGUCCUUUGCGAAUGAUGCAGCAUCUUUGUAUCUCCGAAUGGCUCCCGCUUGGCCAAACGCAGCCCAAGGUUAUCAGGGUGGACCCGCAGGGCAGGAGACGACACAGUUCAGAGACUUUCAUCCCCUCAUCUGGUUCCUCUGUUAACGGUUGCAUCAUCAGGCCCUCGGCCUACCAGAAUCUCCCCGAAGCUAGCAGGUGGCAGAACUCCACCUCCUUUGAUAACGUGUGGUCACGCACAGAGGCCUCUCCUGACUCGGUAAACUCCGCAACAGGAGGAAUGCACCAGAACACCUCAUCCAGCUACCUCAGCUAUAUCGCCCUGGACAUGAGAGAAGUGCCCAGGGACACGCGCAACACCCCCACUCCACACCCAGCUCAUAGUAACCUCCAAGGAAGUGAAGCCUAUGCUGGUAUAGACUUCUCCGUGUCUGGAGGUGAUUCCACUGCCUCAAAAGCACUGGGAAAAGGAGCACUUCAUGCACACAGAGCAACGAUGUAUUGAGUGAGUCAUAUGCUGAUGCCCAGGGGAAUCAGGACAUACAGAAUCCAAUGAACUCUGGAACACCGAAGAGAAGGCUGCCUCCUCCUCAGACCUCCGACAACCAAUACUGAGAGACUGCACAACCUCUUAUGCUCUGUAUUUCCCACAUAACUGCCUCAACAACUGGUUUCAUUGGUCUGUUUUUGAAGGAACAAUAAUGUUUUCUGGUCUUGUUUACUAGAGCGGGUUCGCUACAUCAGAACUGUGAGCUCCAAACAUCUAGCACUUAUAUUUUUGUGUGUACGGUAUUAAAUCGUGCCAUAGCUCUUACGUUACAGGUUUACGUUUCUCCACACAAAAUGGGAUAGAUCUGUGUAAAUAGGAGCUUGUAUAUUGAAAAUCAUUUUUUAUAAUGAGUCGGGUACCUUCCCGUAACCCCCCACCACUCCUUAACACGUUACAGUUGAUUUCUAUUUAUAUAAUGUCAAUUAAUAUUAUUUCAGGGAGCAUUGAGUUGCCUACACAUGCAGUGCAUAUCCUGUAAAAGGGUUUUAUUUACCGCACGGACCACUUCUGUGAAGACCACUUUUUUUUAAUUGUACAGUCUAUAAUAUCAUCUCAAUCGAUGUUUUUGAUGCAUGAAAACAUCUCCCUACAAGAGUGUCUGUAUGGCAAGCCCGUUUAACAUUUAAUCGUGAAGGAUUUGAAAUAUAGACAUUUUCAAUUUCAUUUUUACUAGUGAAAAUGCUAAUUCUUAAGAUCAGCAAUGGAAUUACUACUAUUGAAAGUGCUUAUUUUUUAUAUUAGUUUUAUAAUAGUUUUUAUAUUAGUUUGCACUAGUAAAAACAUUCAUUCUUGAUAUGAAAAAUGAUGUCAUUACUCGCAGAAAUACCCAUUCAAAAAUGUAAUUUCAAGUAGCAAAUGACGUAAAUUUGUAUAUAUGUAACUGCAGUUUCACAGUGAUCUGAUUGAAUUACAAUGGAAUUGCAAUUAGUGAAAAUGCUAUUUUUUGAUAUCUGUAAAUAUAUUUCAAAAUUUUAGAUUUGGUAGAAGUUUUUCUUACUAGUUUCAAUAACAUUAUAGAUAUCUGAAAUUACAUUUAUCUAGUUGGAAUUCAAUUGUUAACAUCAGGAAUGGAUAUUUGUACUAGUAAAAAUGCAAUUAUUAAAAAAUCUAUGAAAUUAUCAAUUUUACUAGUAGGAAGUUCUUGUAAGAAAACAAUUAUAGAUAUCUGUAACUGCUUUUGGAACAGGAUUGAAUGACAGAUUGUGAAAUUCUACUAGUGAAAAUGCAGUUACAGAAAGCAAAACUUAUAAGUGGAUAUUCCAUUUUCAUUGAAUUUUCACUAGUUAAAAUGCUAAUUCUUGAUAUCAGCAAUGGAAGUACUAAAAGUGAAAGUGCUAAAUUCUUGAUAUCAAAAAUUACAUCAUUAUUCGACGAAAAACCCAUUUUUGAUAUCAAGAAUUUAGCACUUUCACUUUUAGUACUUCCAUUGCUGAUAUCAAGAAUUAGCAUUUUAAUUAGUGAAAAUUGAAUUGAAAAUAUAUGUCAAAAGGGCUUGCCGUAGUGUCUGUGAAUCUGAAUGAUGUAACAUUGGAAUGUUUCAAUGCAAAGCUUCGAAACAAGUAUAAAGACUUUUCUAAGAGCACUUUUUAGAUAACACAGUGUUUUUAAGUUACUUGGAUAUGCUACCUCCUGUUUAUGCCAUUGGGAAACAACGUAUUGUCGACUUUGAGGUCAAUUGAGAUGCGAAAUAGUAUUUCCAUAAACAAAGACUCUUAUGGUUUAUUUAAAAUGCAAUGCAGCAUUGUUUACUUAGAUUUGGAGUACUUUUAGGCCUGGAUGUAGCCAUUGGACAAAAUAAAAAGAUACUUUUACUACUUCUUGAGCGUUUCACAACUAGUCUUACAAACUGCCACAUUAUGCCAGGACACUGGUUCAAAUGUAUAAAUCACGGUACUCUGCAUUCCCUACAUGAUACACCCUGUUUGUUUGUUGUUUAUUUAUUUAUUGUGUUUAUUUAUUGAAUCCAAUGCAUUGACGUUCACUGUUAACGGGACAGUUUGUAUAGUGCAUCGCUGGUGAUUGCAAUUGUACGAAUAUAGUACUCACUGAGAGGGGGAUUUCAGUGUCUAUAUCACUUCGAAACACCUGUUUUCCCUCGUCUCUUGGGCCUUUUUUUAUUACCAAGAAUUAUUAGUCCCUUUUUGCUUGUACCUGAAAGCUUUAUAUAAAGAGAUGUUGGGUCGAGAUUGUGGUUGAAAGCUGUGUAGUAUGAUGUGUAAGCUUUACAGUAGUAGUCCAGAUGAUGUUGGGACGACGCCGUACGUCAGUGACUUUUCCUCCAUUCGUUUUCGGUAGCAGCCCACCUGUGGCUGCUUCUCUUUAUUUGACUAGCUUUUGUGUCAUGCUAUUGUGUCAUGAUAUUGCGUUGCUUUAAUGUAAGUAAAAUGUGAAAUGGAGAAAAAACACGUAGUAUACCGUUUCUUGGGACUUUUUCUACACAAUAACUACCGUGACAGCCUGGAAAAGUAAUCAAGCUUGUGUUUUUUUUUACUAGGGGCUCCACUGAGGUUAUAGUUUGGGGAUACUGAUAUUGUUUGGAAUUGUGCCAAGUUGUUUGCCUUUUUUCGAUGACUGAACAGAAGCAUUGGACAAAAAAAAAAAAAAUCAAAAUGGACGGAGUCUGUGUUGAAGAUUCACAGUUCAUUUGGUCAGUACUCACUUGUGAUGAAAGUUUGUGAUCGGGCUGAAACAUGUUGGUAAUAUCGACUGAAGCAGACCAUUAUCAGCGCCGUCUUCCUUUUUAAAUAUUGUAAUUUUUGAUAUCUCUUCUCUUGUCAAACAUGCUACAUGGCACCUCCUUUGGUUGUAUUUAAGGAUGAGGGUGUUGGGAUUUUUUUUUUUUUUUUGGUCAGUUCUACAUUUUUAUAUUUUAUUUUUGGUGUAUAUUUAUCAGAUUGCUUUUUUGCUUGUAAUAGAGCUAUUGCAAUAAAAAAGUGCCAAGGUAUC